ACCAUAAAUUCACUUUGCGUGUCUAUAUUUUGCAUAUCCCUACUACUUUUCCCUCAACUAGAGUAAUGGUCAGCUGACAGUUAUUGCUAAAUGGUACAAAGACCCUCUGACAAUAAUUUGAAAUCUAUAAAAUCCUUCAGUGUCCUGGUGCUUUAGUGGCUUUAUAUCUACAAAAAACUGCAUGUUAUGCCACUAAUCAUUUGAAAAGUAGUGUGUUGAGUGCUACUCAAAGGUCAGUAAUGGUUCACGAGCCUUUCAAAUAAUCUAACUAUGACUGCGCUUAUAGUCUGCCCCUGCCAUAUAUUGAAGGUAUAAAUCCUUUUAUGGUAAAAGAGAAUUGGUUCUAAUGAUCAAAUCUACGGAUUACCAUCCACGUCUCAACACUGUGGAAGUUUAGAUAUCGCGUCUUAAUACGGCAUUAGCAACUGAGAAACUGCCAGUUUCGUCCAUAGCUUUUACAGCCAUUUGCGUUGCCUACACUAAAUCGAAACUAUUUGAUCCCUUUUUGUAGAAUCUGUUUUAUACUUCAAAUGGAUGAAUUCGAGGAGUACAGAAAUCCACUUACUAAGAGAUAUGCAAGCCGUGAAAUGGUGUGCAAUUUCGGAGAAAAGCGAAAAGUAAUCCUCUGGCGUCAACUGUGGAUAUGGUUAGCAGAAACACAAAAAGAGUUGGGAUUCGAUAUCACAGACGAACAGAUUGAUGAAAUGAAAAGUCAAAGGGAUUUAGUCGAUUUCGGGACUGCCGCAGCUGAAGAAAAGGCUCGGCGACAUGACGUGAUGGCGCAUGUAUACACUUUUGCUUUAGCUUGUCCAAAAGCUGCACCAAUCAUUCACCUCGGUGCAACAUCAUGUUUUGUUGGUGAUAAUGCCGAUUUAAUCAUGCUUAAGGAUGGUUUAAAUAUACUUUUACCGAAGGUUGCUAGAUGUAUUGAUCGGUUAGCUAAAAAAGCUAUGUUGCACAAGAGUUUAAUAUGCCUCGCUCGCACCCAUUUGCAACCCGCUCAACCUACUACAAUGGGUCGUAGAAUAUGUAUGUGGAUACAAGAUUUGUUAUUAGAUUUAGAGAAUCUAGAAAGGUUGAAGAACCACACAAUUCGUUUUCGUGGUGCUAAGGGUGCAGUAGGAACUCAAGCAUCUUUUAUGGAUCUAUUUCAAGGUGAUCAUCAAAAGGUUAUUAAAUUGGACGAAAUCUUAACCCAAAAGUCUGGAUUCCAGCGUUCUUGGUGUGUAACUGGUCAAACUUAUCCAAGAAAAGUAGACAGCGAGAUCUCUAACAUGUUGUCGAAUAUAGGUGCAACUGUUCAUAAAAUAUGCACCGAUAUACGACUGCUGAGUAGUUUUCACGAAGUUGAGGAACCUUUUGAAACCAAACAAAUCGGUUCAAGUGCAAUGCCAUAUAAACGUAAUCCUAUUCGUUCAGAAAGAGCAUGUUCUUUAGCACGUUAUCUAAUGCAUAUAUCGACUUCCAUGGUUUCUACAGCAUCUGUUCAGUGGCUUGAACGUUCAUUAGAUGAUUCAGCUAUUCGUAGGAUUGUUCUCCCAGAAGCUUUUCUUGCAGCCGAUGCAUGUCUUACUUUGCUACAAAACAUAGCUGAAGGAUUAAUAGUGUACCCAAUGGUGAUGGAAGCUAAUUUAAAUUCUGAACUUCCUUUCCUCGUUGUUGAACGUAUUUUGGUCAAAAUGGUGUCUGAAGGCGCAGCCAACCGUCAGGAAUGCCAUGAACGCCUUCGUAAGCAUAGUCAUGAAGCUGCUGCAGAAAUUAAAUUAAAGGGUUUAAAAAAUAGUCUCAUGGAUAAGUUACUCAACGAUGAUUAUUUUACCCCGAUACAUUCGUUACUUCCAAAUUUAUUAGAUCCAUCUUAUAUGAUCGGUCGUGCUGUUGAACAGGUGGAAGUAUUCUUAGACACUGAAGUUGACCCAGCAAUUCACUCAUACAAAGAUUCUUUAGCAUUGAACAGUAAUAUCACAAUUUGAUAUGACAACUUUAUAAAUAGUCAAAUUGUAGUUAACUUUUACUUCUGUUCAUUUCUCUUGACAUGUUUGAAUAAUUAACUUUUGUUAUGGAUUUUUACUGCAAUUUUUCAAUUCUUUUGAUUUUAAUAUUGCUCUGAUUUCC